GAAGCAUGUCACACAGGCUGUAGGAAGUUCAGACUAAACUACCUCCACAGAAGUCAUGGCCUCAGAGGAUGCAUUUAAAGUGUCUUCCCUGAAGGGUAAGGUGGCCCUGAUAACGGGAGCCAGCUCAGGUAUCGGAGCCGGUGCCGCCGUCCUGUUCGCCAAACUCGGAUCUCUGCUGGCUCUCAAUGGCCGAGACGUGGAGAACCUGAAAAAGGUGGCCAAACAGUGCACCGACUCAGGGGCCACAGAGCCCCUCCUCGUACCUGGAGACCUGACUGAAGAGGAGACGGUGAAGAGGACCGUCGAGCAGACCAUCGCUCACUUUGGCCGGUUGGACGUCCUGGUCAACAGUGCUGGUAUCUUGGCCAUGGGCAGCAUCGAGACAACAGACCUGGCUCAGUAUGACAGGGUCAUGAACAUCAAUGUCAGAUCUGUUUACCACCUGACUCAACUUUGUGUGCCUCACCUCAUCGAGACCAAAGGCUCUAUUGUUAACGUAUCCAGUGUCAAUGGACAGAGAUCAUUUCCUGGUGUCCUGGCCUAUUGUAUGUCUAAGUCAGCAAUUGACCAGUUCACACGUUGUAUAGCGCUCGAACUGGCAUCAAAGCAAGUCAGAGUGAACUCCGUCUGCCCUGGUGUGAUUGUCACAGAUGUCCAUAAGAGAGCAGGACUGGAUGAGGAGCAAUAUGCUCAGUUUCUUGCAAAGUCUAAGCACACUCACGCCCUCGGUCGACCGGGUGAAGUGGACGAGGUGGCCCACAGCAUCGCCUUCUUAGCGUCUGAUGCUGCCAGCUUCAUUACUGGAGUCAACCUGCCUAUUGAUGGAGGCCGCCAUGCCAUGUGCCCACGAUGAGACCAUAUAUGUGCUCAUAUAGCAGUCUGCUAAUAUAGUGUUUCCAACCUCUAAGUCUGCCUGUGUUUUUGUAUUGAAU